AUGUCAGUAAGGACAUUUUUAAAAAGUUUGAAAAGUCAACUUGAAUCAAACAGUUUGAAAUUACCUUAUCAAUUUGUUACUGGGAAUCAAUCAGCUGAUUUAGAUUCAGUAAUUAGUGCAGUUUCAUAUUCUUAUUUAAGUAAUGUUGAAAAUAAUACAUCAUAUAUUAUACCAUUAAUUAAUAUCCCAAAGACAGAUCUUAAACUUAGAAGAGAUAUUGAAUUGUUAUUAAAAACUCAUUCUAUAGAUGAAGAUUUAUUAUAUUUUAUUGAAGAUUUUGAACAAUUAGUUAAUACUAAAGAAAUUACCCAUGUAAUUUUAGUUGAUCAUUGUAAUAUUCAAGGUGAUAUAUUAACAAAAUUUCUUAAUCAAGGUAAAUUGAAAAUUACUAGUAUUAUUGAUCAUCAUGAUGAUGAAAAAGUGUUUUUAGAUGCUAAUCCUCGAAUUAUUCAUUCAAAUGGAUCUUGUUCAUCGUUGGUAUUUAAAUAUUGGUAUCAAAGGCUUAAUGAAAAUAAAUCUUUAUUUAAACAUCAUUCAGAAAUUUUACAACUUUUACUUGGUCCAUUAUUAAUUGAUACAUCCAAUAUGACUCAAAAAGUAGAAGAAGGUGAUGUAUUUGCCUUUACAUUAUAUAAAGAACUUCUUACUCUUGAUGUUGAACAAUUUACUACAAAGUCAGAAACUUUCACAUCAAAUGAACAAUUAUUUAAUGAAUUUUACAAAUCAUUAAAAACUGCCAAGAAGGACUUAUCAGGAUUUAAAUUUGAAGAUAUACUUCGUAAAGAUUAUAAGCAAUUUAAAUUUACUAGCAAUGAAAAUGUGGGAUUUUCUUCCAUAGGUAAAUCACUUCAUUGGGUAUUUAAGACAUAUACAGCAGAAGAUAUUCAUAAAACCUUAAGUACAUUCCUUAAAACAUUUAAUUUAGACCUUUUGAUUAUUACAUCUUCUUAUACUCAAAAGGAAAAUGACAAAUAUACAAGAGAAUUCUGUUAUUACUAUGAAGGAAAGGGAAACACCAAGUUUGAUAAUUUAAAUGAAUUGGCCAGGGAACCACUUCAAUUAAAUCAAGAAAUUUAUAAAAUAGAUAAGUUAGAAAAGAGACUUGAGAAUGUUCAAUCAUUGGGAGGAGUUUUACAAAUCUACAAUCAAGUGAAUAUUAAAGCUUCAAGAAAACAGGUUGUUCCUAUAGUUAAAGAGAUUCUUGAGAAAGAUAACUAA